AACAAACUUACACUCGACAUCCACCAUGGCGGGUCACGGUUAUGUGCGGACAGACGCGUCCGUAGAACGAUGGAACCGUAUGCGUGAGGAUGUGUAUAAGCAUUUUCGCUUUACCUCCAAAGCUAGCUGGAUCUCGUUGACUGGGCUACUCUUCAUCCCAGCCGGAAUGGUCUGGUUCUCAGCUCAGCAGGAUCUCAAGUGGAGUUUCAGCGGGAAGCGCAAGGGUGAAUCCCUGUACAGGAUCGCACCUCCUGCCGCCGAGCCAACAGAGGACUGAACUAAUUGCUAUGUACAAAAUCGGCAUCUUUCAUCUCGUAACUAGACCCGUUUGCAGAACUCAAUGGCAAUCUUACAUCCUGUGCCGAU